AUGACUGAGUGGACUGGGGUCGACUUUCCAAGAACGCACCCAAAUGAACCCAAGGGUAUAAACAUAGUAUUUCAAGCCUACGCGAACUUUCGACGCAAGAUAUUCGGUAAUAAGAACUCUUUAAACAAAGAACAUAACGAAGGCGAUGCAGAGGAAGAGGAGGAUUAUGAUUCACAAUACUAUGUAGUGAACAAUGAGAGUGUUUGUUGUGACAGCCGUGCUGGUCUCUGUGGUCUAAUCCUCCUUCUCCUCAUCGAUGUAGCCUAUGUGGCCUACUCUUGCGCCUGCAACGGCCUCGCAACCGAAAAUGAUAUCCGACUGCUAUGGCUCUCCGUACUUGUGUGGGGCUGGCAUGGCUUCCUCCAUUUGUGCAGGAAACGCUGGGACACCUGUUGGGACCGUGCCAACUGCACAGAGAAAGACGUUAAAGAGAAAAAGCAUCUCGUACUUAAUUGGGUCGCCAUAAGUCUUAUGCUCGCCUUCGUCAUCCUCUGUCUCGUUUUCUUCGUCAUAUUGGAGGAUGUUCGUAAUUUAGUCUCCCUUUCUGGUAUAGUCCUGUUGAUUCUGAUAAGUAUCCUGAUGUCUUGGCAUCCCGGGAAGAUCAAUUGGCAUCCACCACUGGUUGGCAUCUUCGUCCAGUUCCUUUUCGCUGUUCUCACACUGCGUACUAGACCGGGGUUUGUUGCUUUCCAGUGGUUAGGAGAUCGUAUGUCUGAAUUCCUAGAAAACAGCAAAGCCGGUUCUGAGUUUGUCUUCGCCGAUUAUCACUGCUUCGCUUUUGACGUGGAAUCCCCACUGAUUACUCGACCAUACAUGCACAUGAUGACCAAUUCCGAACUGCACGCCAUUAUGGUCAACGGUUUUGCCUCCGUCGCUGGGGCCGUGCUCGCCGCAUACAUUGGUUUCGGUGUAAGUCCUCCCAUUAUCACACUUCCCUAA